UUUACGUUUAGGAUUUCUCUGAAAUGGAGCCUGUAGCUUUAGCGGUAGACAGGAUUAAAGAGUUUACUAACUCUGGCCAACGAAUACUCGACGGUCUCCUUCAUCGCCGGGACAAUUUCACUCGCCCAAAUCCGUUGCUUAUGUUGGACAGGCACUCAUUUUGUGCCUCCCAUCAUUGAUCAAAUUUCUGGUUCCUUGGGGAACAACAAGCUGAAUGAUAGAGCCUUACAAGGUGCAUAUUAUAUUUUUUCAGAUUGAGAUCCUGAAGCGGUUGCAGCGAGAAGCAUUUUCAGACUUAAUGAAACUUAGGGACAGGCAAGACAAGGUUGAGAGGAUGCUUUCCUUCUAUAAAACAUCCAGGAGAAGUCCAUCCAAUACCCAUAUGAGGGGAGAGAUUGAUGUGCUAGGGGCAGUAUUAUUGUUGGGAAAUGUUGACCAGCAGCAUUAUGAUGCCCUUGGUAGAGCAGGAAUUAAAACUGGUGUUGAUUCAAGGUUCACUUUUGAAACAACUAUCCGGGAGAAGGAUGCUCUUCUGGCAGAGCUAGUGGGAACCAGAAAAUAUGGUGAUGAAGUUUCACCUAUUGCACUCUCUCUGUCUAAGGUAUCGUAUAAAGCAAAAAUUAGUGACUGGUUUUCUGCGAUUGCGAUCCCUGUAGGAGCUCAAUUCAGAGAUCUUGGAAUCACUACCAACUCUUCCAACCAGAAAAAGGGCCUGACUGAUCUUUCCUCUGUUGAGCCACCCCUUUUGAAUCAGCGUAAUGGUAGUGCAAUUGGCUUGACAGUGAGAAAAUCAAAUGUGACUGCUUCAAUGGCUCAGUCUGUUUCUGAAUUAGGAAUGCAGCCAUGUUCAGAUGGAAUUGAGCAGUGCUUCAGUACAUUCGGCCAAAUAAUCUGUCAACUUCCUAGAGGAAUAAAACUCUCACUUUUGGGUGUCCACCAUGUACAAAAAUCAUCUAGUCACCAUGUCAAGCUUGGAGCUCUCAAUAUUCCUAUGGCCUUCCAGAAACACCAUAAAUUUCCUGAGACAAUGGUAGAAGCAUCUACUUCAUUGACAGAAACAAACACACCUCAGACUUUCUCAACGGGAUCAAUUGCUAUGAAGUUGGAGACAGAACUCGAUGAGAACACUAGAAUUGGGAGUUGGAUAGAAAUGAACAAUUCGAAUUCUAAGCAGUUACGAUGGGCUGUGAACUUGUUCGAUGAUUCUGAAGAUGAAUCCGGAUGGGGUAUUUGUGUAAGUGGGAUGAGGGAUGAUGGUUCCAGUAACUGGACCCAUUUACAGGCCGAAUCAUACUUAAAAUUAAACAUUGGAGACAAACUCAGCGUAAAACCAGGCAUUGCUUAUGCAGUGGAAAGUAAUGCCAGAAUAUUUGCUCUCAUGCUUCGUUCGAACUGGUCCUUCUGAUUGUUGUCUUCUUCUUUUCCACCAUUUAGGACAAUCUGAUUAUUUGGAAGGUCAAAA